GCUCGACUCCGGAGGCUCCCGCAGCCCCGGCGUCCGGCCCCGCUCCCCCUCCCCGGGGGCCAUGGGGGCGCCCCCGGGCUACCGGCCCUCGGCUUGGGUGCACCUGCUCCACCAGCUGCCCCGCGCUGACUUCCAGCUCCGCCCGGUGCCCAGCGGUUUCUCGCCCCAAGAACAGGCAUACCAGCAGGCCCUGCUGCUGGUGGCGGCCUUGGCAGGCCUGGGCUUGGGCCUGAGCCUCAUCUUCAUCGCUGUCUACCUCAUCCGCUUCUGCUGCUGCCGACCCCCAGAGCCCCCCGGGGCCAAGAGCCCCCCACCCGGGGGAGGUUGUGUCACCUGGAGCUGCAUCGCUGCCCUCCUCGUCGGCUGCUCUGGAGUUGGCAUCGGUUUCUAUGGCAACAGUGAGACCAGCGAUGGGGUGUCCCAGCUCAGCUCUGCACUGCUGCAUGCCAACCACACGCUCAGUGCCAUCGACCACCUGGUGCUGGAGACGGUGGAGAGGCUGGGCGAGGCCGUGAGCACGGAGCUGACCACGCUGGAGGAGGUGCUGGCCCAGCGCACAGAGCUGGUUGCUGCCACGCGGGGGGCGCGGCGGCAGGCAGAGGCCGUGGCCCAACAGGUGCAGGGGCUGGCCUUCUGGCAGGGAGUGCCCCUGAGCCCCCUGCAGGUGGCUGAAGACGUGUCCUUCAUAGAGGAGUACAGGUGGCUGGCCUACGUCCUCCUGCUUCUCCUGGAGCUCCUGGUCUGUCUCUUCACCCUCCUGGGCCUGGCGAAGCAGAGCAAAUGGCUGGUCAUCGUGAUGACCGUCAUGAGUCUCUUGGUUCUUGUGCUGAGCUGGGGCUCCAUGGGCCUGGAGGCAGCGACUGCCGUGGGCCUCAGUGACUUCUGCUCCAGUCCAGACACCUACGUCUUGAACCUGACCCAGGAGGAGACCGGGCUUGGCUCAGACAUCCUGAGCUACUACUUCCUCUGCAACCAGGCGGUCUCCAACCCCUUUCAGCAGAGGCUAACCCAGUGCCAGCGAGCCCUGGCCAACAUCCACUCCCAGCUGCAGGGCCUGGAGCGCGAAGCGGUCCCGCAGUUCCCCUCGGCGCAGGUCAGCGGGGUGGGCGACCCAACGGGCACGCUGAACGUGACCGAAGGCAACUUCCACCAGCUGGUGGCUCUGCUGCACUGCCGCGGCCUGCACAAGGACUACGGCGCAGCCCUGCGGGGCCUGUGCGAAGACGCCCUGGAGGGCUUGCUCUUCCUGCUGCUCUUCUCCCUCCUGUCUGCCGGGGCCCUGGCCGCCACCCUCUGCAGCCUGCCCCGGGCCUGGGCCCUCUUCCCACCCAGUGACGACUACGAUGACACAGACGAUGACGACCCUUUCAACCCUCAGGAAUCCAAGCGCUUCGUGCAGUGGCAGUCUUCCAUCUGAGCCCCUGCUCCCCGCCAGGCUGGAGCGCGCCUCCCCUCUUCCGUGAGCCUCCCCCGGCCCCCGACAGCCUGGCU